AAGUUUCGGGCAAAUGGCGCUGUGACUAGUAUCUUUUAACGUCAGAGUCUCAGUGUUUUAUCUUCUUUCUUCCCUUCAAUUUAUAUAAAGAAGAAGAUUUGAGUACGUCAUAAUUUCGUGAUGUGUUCAUGAUGUGUCAAAAAUUGAAAAAUUAUCUCAUAUAUAAAACCAAAACCUAAAAUCGGUAAAAUAUAAUGUUACUUCGGGAAAAAAGAAUAUAAAAUAGUGUAAAAGUAACCGUUUAGGAGACGGAGAGGGAUAAAAAAUGAUGAACGGGUGUGUGGUAAUUUUACUGGUAGUGAUUUUGCAAUAUAGCUCUGCCACUGAAUUAACUUUUGAAUUGCCUGAUAGUGCCAAAGAAUGUUUCUAUGAAGAAAUUAAGAAAAAUACCAGUUGUACACUAGAAUUCCAGGUUGUGACAGGGGGUCAGUAUGAUGUAGACAUUGCUCUUGAGGAUCCAAGAGGAAAUGUUUUGUAUAAACAGAUCAAAAUGCAGUUUGAUUCCCACACUUUUGUUGCGGAAAUGUUUGGGAUUUACAAGGUCUGCUUCAGCAAUGAGUUCUCUACCUUUUCACACAAGUUGGUUUAUAUGGAUUUCCAAGUAGGAGAUGAACAACCUCUACCUGGAAUGGGUGAACAUGCAACAGUUCUAACACAGUUAGAAGCAUCUGCACAAGAUAUUCACAAGUCCUUGAACACAAUUCUAGACUACCAGACUCAUCAUAGACUGAGAGAAGCACAAGGGAGGAAACGUGCUGAAGAUCUGAAUGAAAGGGUUUUGUGGUGGUCCAUCAUGGAGACCCUAGCUGUUAUAACAAUUGCCUUUGGCCAAGUAUUUGUGCUGAAGAACUUUUUCACUGAGAAAAAACCUCUCACACAAUUUCGAUGAAUAAUUUAUUCCCAAGAAUAGUGAAUUAUUUUUUAAUGCUGUAAAUAUUACAUAAAA